CUUCUCUAGCCAUAUGAAUCGAGAGUGAAUCGAGGGAGGACUGCGCUUGCUCCCGUGCUACUCUUUUUCUUUGGCUUUAUCUGUUUCUUUCGCUCUCUACGAACGAUAUCGUCGAGCGGCGAUCAGAGAAUCGAAGGACUGUGUUGUCGUGAAGCUCGUCGAAGAUGAAGAUUUUCGUGAAGACUUUGAAAGGAACCCACUUCGAGGUCGAAGUUAAACCUGAAGAUACGGUAACCGAUGUUAAGAAAAAUAUAGAGACAGUGCAGGGUUCGGAUGUUUACCCUGCUGAACAGCUGAUGGUUAUUCAUCAGGGGAAAGUGCUUAAAGAUACCUCAACGCUGGAGGAAAACAAAGUUGCUGAAAACAGCUUUAUUGUUGUUAUGUUAAACAAGAAUAAGGUCGCAUCUACUGGAGCCUCAACUGCAGCAGCUGCACCGACGGCUCAGGUUCCACCAAGUUCUGCUCCUCCCACGGCGACACAACCAUCAGCUACAUCUCCGGCUCCGGCUCCGGCUCCUGCUCCUGCUCCUGCUCCUGUUGUCACAUCGGCACAGACAGCCCCUGUACCUACUCCUGCUACUACUGUUCCCCCAGUUUCUUCAGAUGCAGAUGCCUAUGGCCAAGCAGCAUCAAACCUUGUCGCAGGAAGUAAUUUAGAGUCUACCAUUCAACAGAUUCUUGAUAUGGGUGGAGGAAGUUGGGAUCGGGACACUGUUAUUCGUGCUCUACGUGCUGCAUUUAACAAUCCUGAAAGAGCUGUUGAAUAUCUAUAUUCUGGCAUACCUGAGCAAGCUGAAGCUCCCCCAGUAGCACGAGCUCCUGCCAGUGCACAGGCUGCGAGUCCUCCGGUCCAGGCUCAACCAGCAGCAGCUCCUACUAGUGGUGCACCUGCCAGUGGUGUUCCUGCUAGCGGUCCCAAUGCAAACCCCUUAGAUUUAUUCCCGCAGGGACUUCCUAAUAUGGGUACAAAUGCAAGUGCGGGCACCUUGGAUUUCCUACGCAACAGCCAACAGUUCCAAGCAUUGCGAGCUAUGGUGCAAGCAAACCCACAGAUCUUGCAGCCAACACUUCAGGAGCUUGGCAGGCAGAAUCCACAUCUGAUGCGGCUCAUUCAAGAGCAUCAGGCUGAUUUCUUACGACUGAUAAAUGAACCUGAUGACGGAGAUAGAAACAUACUGGGUCAGAUGGUGUCAGAAAUGCCACAGUCAGUGACCGUCACCCCUGAGGAGCGAGAGGCAAUUCAACGACUUGAAGCUAUGGGUUUUGAACGUGCAAUAGUAUUGGAGGUGUUCUUUGCUUGCAACAAGAACGAAGAGCUAGCAGCCAACUAUCUGUUAGAUCACAUGCAUGAGUUUGAGGAAUGACCAAAGUGUCUUAUCUGAUUUUUCUUGGCUUUUCCUCCUCCAGCUUCCUUCUCUUGUGUCUUGACUUUCUCCUCUUUCAUCAAUUUGGGUUAUCAUCCCCCCCUUUUAUCACAGCAAUUUGUCUUGUGGAGUUUGGAGCAGAUUGUCAAGAAGUUCAUGUCAUUAGAUCUCUUCUUUUUUGCUGUUUUAAUUUGUCUAAAGGUGGAUUAUAUAUACAUAACUCCCUGUUGCCUGUUGGAAUAUUAUAUUCAUGGCUUCUUUCCCUCGACUUGGCUUAUUUUUGUUUGAUCUUUAGUUUCAGCACUUAGCUCGUGAAAUGAUAAAACAUGGGUUUGUCUUGGGAGGUUAAUAGUGUGCUAUUUGACAUUCUUU